UGUUUUGAUUGAAAGUCACCAAUUUUUGAAUUUCUUGCAAUUUUUCCUUAAAUUACCUCAAAAAACUCCCGAUCUCGUGAUGAUUAAGGCGAUUUUAGUGUUCAACAAUCAUGGAAAGCCGCGUUUAAGUAAAUUUUAUCAAUAUUUCAGCGAAACAGUGCAACAACAAAUCAUCCAAGAGACCUUCCAUCUUGUCUCGAAGCGCGACGACAACGUUUGCAACUUCCUCGAGGGCGGUUCACUCAUCGGCGGCUCAGAUUACAAGCUCAUUUAUCGCCAUUACGCCACUUUAUACUUUGUCUUUUGCGUGGAUUCGUCGGAAAGUGAGCUCGGAAUUCUCGAUCUCAUCCAAGUUUUUGUCGAAACGCUCGAUAAAUGCUUCGAGAAUGUUUGCGAGCUGGAUUUAAUUUUUCACGCCGACGAAGUGCAUCACAUCCUGAACGAACUUGUGAUGGGCGGCAUGGUGCUGCAAACGAAUAUGUCGGAGAUUCUGGCGCGGAUAGAGGAACAGAAUAAGCUGCAGAAACAGGAAGCGGGAAUUAGUGCGGCGCCAGCGAGAGCCGUUUCUGCGGUGAAAAGUAUGAACAUUCCACAGCAAAUUAAGGACAUGAAACUGCCGGAUCUGCCGCAGGCAAUUAAGGAUUUGAAAUUUUGAUAUCCACGCACGGAACGGGAGUCGGCGGCAUUGCUCUUUGAUCGGAUCCUUGCCACGAGUGAUAGUGCUUAUAUCCAACUUGCUACGAAUUACACGGAGGAGUCGUAAUUUCUCUUUAAAUUUAUAAACUAAAAAAAAGACUUUUAAAUAAUAUAAAACAAAUCAAAAUUCGCGAUAAAUUAUUUUUUUAAUUUUUAAAAUUUUUAAAGUGACUCUGAACUGCAAAAUUCGAUUUUCGAGGAAAUUUUCAUAUUUUACUCAGACAAAAAUAAU